AUGUUCCGCCAAGCACUCGCCCGCAAUGUCCGCCUAUUCAGCACCAGCCGUGUUGUGAUGGAGAAGGGCCCAGUUGAGGGUGCAAAGGAUGCUGCUAAGGCGGUUGACCGUACUGUCAGUGACACGCUUGUCAAGGGCAUUGAGAAGGGAGAGGAAGCCGCAGCUGCCGCAAAGAAGGCUGCCGGCGUCACUGGUGAGGAAGCCAAGCAGAAGGCCUCCGAGGCAGCACAGUCCGCACACGACACCAAGGAGCAGGCAAAGGGUGCCGCGAAGACCAAGAUCUGA